AUCUCUCAACCUUUAUAAGUUGUAGUGUAGUUGGUUCUUUCCAGAAACAUUCGAUCCAAAAGCAUAAGAAAAAAGAAAAAUGGAGUUCACCGCAGAGCAGCUAAGCCGAUACAACGGCACCAAUGGAUCAUCACCGAUCUACGUCGCAAUCAAAGGCCGCGUGUUCGACGUCACCACGGGAAAAUCCUUCUACGGCCCCGGAGGCGAUUACGCGAUAUUCGCCGGAAAAGACGCGAGCAGAGCUCUAGGUAAGAUGAGUAAGAAGGAAGAAGAUGUCUCUCCUUCUCUUGAAGGUCUCACUGAGAAAGAGAUGAACACUCUUAAUGAUUGGGAGACGAAAUUUGUAUCAAAGUACCCUGUCGUUGGCCGUGUUGUCUCCUAGAUCUGGGAUUUAUUAUGAUGAUGAUGAUGAUGAUGAUGAUGAUAUGUAACUAUGGUAUGAUUGUGUGUCUUGUGUGUUUCUGAUUUCGUGUGUUUGGAUCUGAUCGUUUUGGAUGAUGACGGUUUGAUACAAUGAACACAUUUAAGUACCAAAUUGUCUAAUUGGAAUAAAUUGGUGUUGAUCUUACUUGUGUUUUUCUUUCUUUUGAAUUUGUUGCUCUUAAUCGAAUUGGAUUGAUAUGUUUAA